AUGAAUGGCUACGGGUCCCCUUACCUGUACAUGGGGGCUCCGGUGUCUCAGCCCCGGGCCCCACUUCAGAGGACACCUAAGUGCGCGCGGUGCCGGAAUCACGGCGUGCUUUCGUGGCUCAAGGGUCACAAGCGCUACUGCCGCUUCAAGGACUGCACCUGCGAGAAAUGCAUCCUCAUCAUCGAGCGGCAGCGCGUCAUGGCGGCGCAGGUGGCGCUCCGCAGGCAGCAGGCUAACGAGAGUCUAGAGAGCCUCAUCCCGGAAUCACUCAGAGUGCUGCCCGGCAUCGGCAUACCUGGAGCCGGCGAAGGAAAUCAGGGAGCCCCGCCGAGGACAGAGGAGCUGGAGUUGAGGUGGAGCAGCAACGAUCCGGUACAGGCCGGAGCACAAACAUGCACAGAGUCCACGGAGGACGGUCCUGAUGAGGGGUCAGGAGGUGAAAACGGGGGGAGCUCCAGUGACAAGGAACAGGAUCCGGUCAGUUCCCCCGAAGGGUCUAAACCAAAUUCCUGCUACACCCCAGAGCCUCCAGAAACCCCCUCCCAGCAGGAGGAGAGCCGCUACAGCAUCUCUAAAGCCGGCAGCACUGAGAAGGAAACCAAACCCGAGAGUCCUCUGAAGUAUCCCGUCAGCCCCGCAGAGCAGAGCGUACUCAUCGAAGGCCUCGCCGGCUCCAUCAACUUACCUUUCAGCCUCCGAGCCAACCGGCCGCCGCUGGAGGUCCUCAGGAAGAUCUUCCCCGCUCACAAGCCUCCUGUCCUGGAGCUCAUCCUCAGAGGUUGCGGGGGGGAUCUGGUGGGGGCCAUCGAAGUGCUGCUGUCCAGCCGGAGCCCUGACAGCAGCGCUCUCCCGCACGCCGACCAGCACCCGGAUGGUCUGGUGCUGCCUUCAAACGGACACCUGUUCGAGCACACGCUGGGCUCCUACCACCCGGUGUCCUCCUCCGCCAAGUGGUCAGUGGGCUCUGCUUUCCGGGUUCCAGAGUCCUUUCGGUUCACAUCCGACUCCUCUUCGGGCGUAGUUUCCACCGGCCCGCUUGGUGUCCCCCUGCAGCACCCAUCCUUCCCGCAGUCCACACGCUACCCGCUCAUGCUGCGCAACUCUCUGACGCGCAGCCAGGCGAGCCCCUUCGUGCACAACGACGUGACUCUGUGGAAUACCAUGGCUCUGCAACAGCAGUACCAGCUCCGCUCGGCGGCCCAAUAUGUGUCACCUUUCUCCCCAGCAGCCCCCGCCGUGCCUGGUUCGUCCGCCGUGUUCCGCAACUCCCCUAUAAUUCCCUCUAGACCCUCCGAGGAGCAGCGCAUCACCAUCCAGGAGGAGAGCUGCACGCUGGGACCCAAACCCGGCCUCUACUCCCCUGAUGAGGAGUACGAAGAACGCUCUGACUCCGCAGACUCCCGCAUCCUGAACUCCACCUAGAAUAGAUGCUGAUGAUGGACUAACGCAGCAGAGGACACCAAAAAUGUAUUAUUGUGAAUGGACAUCCAGUGUGUGUAUAGUUUUUUUGUUUGAAUUGAACUGUGUCAAACAAUCACUCUUUGAUAAGGUGAUGUUAAUGCUCUAACAUCAUGCUUUCAAGAUGUCAUGUGGACACGACCAAAAUGGAUGAAUGUAACAGAAUCUCGUUGUUUUGAAUAUUUGUCAUCGAUUUCCUGUCAGCAUGUUUAGUACUGUGAAAACGUUCGAUGUAAGGAUCAUCAAUGCAUGUCAAGAGUAUAUGCCAAAUAAAUCUGAAU